GGAUCCUUGGGAAGCCCCUACACACCAUUGAUGUUGACGUUUAAAAUGGUUAAGGGCAAUGGUUAGGUAAGGGUUAUGGUUAAUGUUAGGGUUUGGGAUAUGGACGUCCCAAGGAUCCAGUGUUGCAGUAAUCGUGCCUAGGGUGGAGAGCAAGCGAUAGACACGAGAGAGAGAAUGAAAAAAACUGCGUAGCGAACAGUUAGAAAGAGACCGGAGAGGUUCAUUUUCUUGGUCGUACGUACGUUGCGGAGCUUUACCUUACUUUUAUGCAAAAAGACAACUCAACUGAUCGUCCCGUCAAGGUUUGGGGUGCUUCUCUUCAUAAUAUCCUGCUAUUACAUGGUAGCAAAGACCUGAAGACAAGAGGGUGUGUAAGAUGGCAGUGUGGAUCCAGGCCCAGCAGCUCCAGGGGGAUGCGCUGCACCAGAUGCAGUCUCUCUAUGGACAGCACUUCCCCAUCGAGGUGCGCCAUUACCUGUCCCAGUGGCUCGAGGGCCAACUCUGGGAUGUGAUUGAUCUGGAGAACCCCCAGGAGGAGUUUAAGGCCAAGCGUCUGCUGGACAGCCUGAUCCAGGAGCUGCAGACCAAGGCUGAGCAUCAGGUGGGAGAGGACGGCUUCCUGCUCAAGAUCAAACUGGGACACUACGCCAGCCAGCUCAAGAGCACGUAUGACCGCUGCCCUCUGGAGCUGGUGAGAUGCAUCAAACACAUCCUGUACACGGAGCAGAGGCUAGUCCGAGAGGCCUCUAAUUCGAGCUCCCCAGUGGGCGGGAUGAUGGACAGCAUGUCCCAGAAGUAUCAGCAGAUCAACCAGGCAUUCGAGGAGCUGCGCCUGCUGACCCAGGACACAGAGAACGACCUGAGAAAGCUCCAGCACAACCAGGAGUACUUCAUCAUCCAGUACCAGGAGAGCCUCCGCAUCCAGGCCCAGUUGACCAGCCUGGCCACACUGCCCCCUGCUGACAGACAGCUGAGGGAGCCCACAUUACUUAGCAAGAGAGCCACCGUGGAGGCCUGGCUCACCCGGGAGGCCAACACACUACAGAAAUACAGACUGGACCUGGCAGAGAAGCACCAGAAGAGCCUGCAGCUGCUGAGGAAGCAGCAGACCAUUAUCCUGGAUGACGAGCUGAUCCACUGGAAGAGACGGCAACAGCUGGCCGGCAACGGGGGUCCUCCAGAGGGGGGGCUGGACAUCCUGCAGUCCUGGUGUGAGAAGUUGGCAGAGACGAUCUGGCAGAACAGGCAGCAGAUCAGGAGAGCAGAACACCUGAGACAACAGCUUCCCAUCCCCGGCCCCAUCGAGGAGCUACUGAACGACCUCAACAGCACCAUCACAGACAUCAUCUCAGCACUGGUCACCAGCACCUUUAUCAUAGAGAAGCAGCCUCCCCAGGUGCUGAAAACCCAGACCAAGUUUGUCGCCACAGUGCGUCUCCUAGUGGGCGGGAAGCUCAAUGUGCACAUGAACCCCCCGCAGGUCAAGGCCACCAUCAUCAGUGAACAGCAGGCGAAGGCCUUGCUCAAGAACGAGAACACCAGGAAUGACAGCAGUGGAGAGAUCCUUAACAACAACUGUGUGAUGGAGUACCACCAGGCCACAGGAACACUCAGCGCCAACUUCAGGAACAUGUCUUUGAAGAGGAUCAAGCGCUCGGACCGGCGAGGGGCGGAGUCUGUGACAGAGGAGAAGUUUACCAUUCUGUUUGAGUCUCAGUUUAGCGUCGGGGGUAAUGAGCUGGUUUUUCAGGUUAAGACGUUAUCACUUCCUGUGGUGGUGAUCGUCCACGGUAGCCAAGACAAUAACGCCACAGCAACAGUACUGUGGGACAACGCUUUUGCCGAACCCGGUCGAGUGCCCUUCAUAGUGCCUGAAAAGGUGCUGUGGCCCCAGCUGUGUGAGGCCCUCAACAUGAAGUACAAGGCGGAGGUGCAGAGUAACCGUGGCCUCUCAGAGGAGAACCUGGUCUUCCUGGCCCAGAAAGCCUUCAGUAGCUCCAGCAUCAACCCUGAUGACUACCGCGGCAUGACCAUGACCUGGUCCCAGUUCAACAGGGAGAGUCUGCCUGGCAGGAAUUUCACGUUCUGGCAGUGGUUUGAUGGGGUCAUGGAACUCACCAAAAAACAUCUCAAACCACACUGGAAUGAUGGGGCGAUCCUGGGAUUUGUGAACAAGCAGCAGGCCCAGGACAUGUUGAUGUCCAAACCCAACGGGACCUUCCUGCUCCGCUUCAGCGACUCUGAGAUCGGAGGGAUCACUAUCGCCUGGGUGGCUGAGAAUCCCAACAAACCAGGGGAGAGGAUGGUGUGGAACCUCAUGCCCUACACAGCCAAAGACUUCUCCAUCCGCUCUUUGGCUGACCGCAUCAGUGACCUCAACCACCUCCUGUUCCUCUACCCAGACAGACCCAAGGAUGAGGUCUUCUCCAAAUACUACACGCCACCCCUGUCCAAAGCAGUGGAUGGAUACGUGAAACCGCAGAUCAAACAAGUGGUACCAGAGUUCACCACGACCAAUCCUGACCCAGCAGCAAACCCCACCUACAUGGAUCACGGAGCCUCCCCUGUUGUCAGUCACCCUCCAAACUACGGCAUAUACCCGCCUAUGAGUGACUCCAUGUUAGAUGCGGACGGUGACUUUGACCUGGAUGACACCAUGGACGUGGCGCGACACGUUGAGGAGCUGCUGCGGCGACCGAUGGAGAGCCAAUGGAGCGGCCAGCAGUCGUGACCCUCAAUCUCUGACCGUUGACACCAACAAAAGAACCCCGCACCUUUUGACAUUUCUGAUGGUUUAAUUCCAUUCAUUUCCUCCUGUUUUAAUUCAGAUAGCUUUAAUGUGAAAUGUUAAUAAUGUUUGUGAUUGUUUUUUAGUUUUUUCUUCUCAGCAAGCAAAAUGCAUGUCAGUGACCUUUUUUCAGUUUGUCUCUGUACGUAUCUGUAAAACAGACUAGGUAUAAAUGCAAAAAACGACAAUGUUACAGUAUUGUAUAAAAAAGAAAAGUCUUUCAAUUCACGUAUGUAUUUCCAUUUGGUCAUAAUUCUAACAAAGAUUUUUAAAGAGCACUCUCUACAACCUGUAUGAGGUCAUUUAAACAGUUUGUUUAAAUGUUUUUGUUUAGUUAUUUUAUUAUUGUAAAUGGUUUAUCAACAGAGUUUUUUUAAUUCAAUCCGCCCUCUGCCAAAAAAGAGAAACUUAAAUGAAGAAUUUGUUGUUAUUGACAACAGUAUCGGAUGUGUUGCUGAGGGUAGUUUCAAGUAGUAGUAUAAUAAUUCUGAAUCUUUACACACUAAACUCCAAGCAGAAUGGCUCUCAUUUCAUUCUCAGAGCACACUGAGUAUCUAUGUCACACACACACGCACGUACACAAGGAUGCAUCACACACACACACACACACACACACACACAUGCACACACUGUUGCAUAACAUCAGCUCCAGCUGAAACUUGGGGACUUUGGGCCCCCUCUACACUCACAGCGAUAUUUUAGUUUCCUGUAUUUGCACACAGAUGUAAUGUAAAUACAAGCAUGUAUCCAGCAUGGCCACUCAGGUCUCUGGACAGCCCAUAGAGAUAGAUAGGACUCAUCAUUAAUAUAACCUGUUUUUAACAUGGCCAUUGCCAUUGAGGUCUUCCACCAUUUUAAAGUUGUCAACUGGGUGGGGAUUCCUAUGGGUUGUACUACUUUAGUACCUCAACGGUGCUGCCCAUGCUGUCACACAGACGCUUUAAUGGCACAGAUACAAAGAUGAGUCCUCUAUCUAUCUCCCCUCCAUACCCCUGUAGAUGAUGUAUGUGCCAUCAACGCUACCUCUCAUUACCACUCUGUCUGUCUGUCUGUCUGUCUUUCUGUCUGUCUGUCCGGUGUUUUAAACAACUCAUUUGGUCAUGUCUUGUUAUUGGUUGUGACGUCUAGUGUUAACAAUCUAUUUGGGGAGCUGUGUGUAGGGGAGCUGAGGUCACUGGGAUGUGUGUGGAGGUUGGGGUUUAGUUGGGGGAUCUGUAGGAAAGUCCAUUGCUAGGACUGAUGGUAGAAGAGUCUCUAUACUGGGUCCUUAUUGGCUUAGUAUUGUGCAUCUGCUGAAGUACACUAACUACUCGAUCCAUAGCCUGAGAUGACUAGUGGAGAUCUAAUUCAACUCAUUUUACCAUGGGGCAGGGAUGCAUUUUUUUGAAGAUUUAAAGCUAAUUCCCUGCAAUGCUACCAGUUUUGCCAUGGGGUGGAGAUACAUUUUUGCAGUUCUAAAGCAAAUUUCCUGUAAUUCUACAUAUUUUGCCAUUACUUAUGUCAUGUUAAUGAUAUCUGAGUGAGUGUGACUAGCUAGACUAACUUGCCACUGUAAGCUGUUAGCUGACAUGGCUAAUUAAGUGACUGUCAGUGACAAAACAGGAGAAAAACGUCUGAUGCACAACCACAUUUCGAACCUUCACCUUCUAACUUUCAACAGUACAUUUAGACCCCAACUGAGUUUUUUUUAUAAACGGCCCGGACCCUAAGCGACCGCUUAUAUCGCUAAUGUCUUGAGCCAGCCCUGAUGGUACUCCUGUCUGUCUGUCUCCGCCUGUUUUUUUCUCUCUCUGUCUAUCUCUGUCCGUAAGCCUGUCUCCUGUUUUCUGUUAUUACUGAUCACUGUUGCUAAAUCUGCAUGUGCACGUCUGUCUCUGUGUGAUAUAACAUCAAACAUCAACUGACAACCUGAGGUACAGAUAUAUAGCUAUGUGUGCAGACAAUAUGAGGCGCUUGAACACUUGACUCAUCAGUCCUGAGCAUGAAGGCCAUUGUUACCAUAAAGUUUGGGAUAUUUUGGCACUGGCUCACUCCCUGUCUUUCAGCCAAGCUGUUGUAGUGGGUCUGUCUCCAUAUAGUCCCAGCAGGAUUCGUCUGCCAUAGUACACCUUAGCUACCGCAGUUUAACAAAGCAUCUAACGAUAGAUCCACUUGUUGCCGUGGCUACGCUGUACUCCCCCCACAUACACACACACACACACUUCUGAACCAUUGGGCAAUAUCAUGACGACAGCAACACCACACAACCCCCACAGUCAUAUCACACACACACACACACACACACACACACACACACACGACCCAUCCCCUCUAUUCAUAAGCUCUGCCCUCUCAGGAAUGAAGCCCUAUGCUUGGUUGAUGUAUCAUAAAAUGAAAAAAAGACAAAUAGAGUCUCUGUCUAUCAGUGGAGGCUGGUGGGAGGAGCUAUAGGAGGAUGGGCUUAUUGUAAUGGCUGGAAUGGAAUUAAUGGAACGGAGUCAAACAUGUCGUUUCCAUAUGUUCGAUGUGUUUUGAUACAGUUCCAUUGAUUCCGUUUCAGCCCUUACAAUGAGCCCAUCCUCCUAUAGCUCCUCCCACCAGCCUCCUCUGCUAUCUAUAUACAGCAUAUAUGAAUUUAUUUUCUGUACCAUAAUUCUAUUUUAUUACGGUAUACUGUAUGUCUGUGGCACGCCCCACUGAAUGUAAUCCCAUUGCAUGACCUGAGGAGGGUGUACGUAUAACAUGGCAGCCACUGCAACCUCUUAGGUUGCAUCAGAAGUUUCUGAAAAAAGCCAUAUUGCAAAACAGGAAUCAGAAGAAUGUUGCUUUUGUGUUUGUCCAGCUGUCAUUAUUUAGUCUUUUCCUAUCUUUGUUUCUUUCAUUUUUCCCGGUCAAACAGCUAGUUUUUUUCUUUGUAGUUCUUGAUUUCACUGAUGUUUUUUGAAGAGUCAAAGCUACAUCGGAAUUCUUGUGACGUUUCCUUUAAAAAAAAAACAUUAUUCUAAUCAUUUCAAACUUGGAUCUUUGCUUCACCUUAGUUAAUCUAUGUACUCUGGAAGCUGUAUAUGAGGCUGUGUUCUGUUCAGUGUUAGUUCCACGUUUGUGGUUGGGUUUUAGCACUUCGGUUGUCUUUAAAAAAAAAAUAAUGCAAUUGAAGAAAAAAGUUUUAUAAAUAAUUUCAAAAGUAACAUGUAUAAUGAAAAAUAAGUUGUGACUGAAUAAAUGUAAUGGUUUA